AUGUUAUGUUUCUUGUUGUCUGGAGCUACAGACUGUCAAAAUGCAUUUUCGAUAGCUUAUACUAUCACCGUUUCACAAUCAGGUGGUGCAAAUUUCAUCACCAUUACAGAUGCCCUUAACUCCAUUCCGGAGCAGAUUACGAUUCUACCAGAUAAAGGAGGACGCAUAAUUCUUGAAGGAAGCGAUCGUAUUACAACACUAGGAGUGUCACUUUUAAGAUAUCUCGUGCAUUUUGCACGGGUAUACUCUAGUUCUUUUAGUAUUGGAGCACCAGAAGAUACUGAGCGAGUUCCCGCUGUUUCCCUUGGAUCUUUUGGCGACAAGCAUGCGUUUUAUUCAUGUGGUUUUGUUGGCUAUCAAGAUACAUUGUGGGAUGGAAAGGGCCGUCACUAUUUCAAGUCAUGUUAUAUUGAAGGGGCUGCUGAUUUUAUAUUUGGAAACGGUCAAUCUGUAUACGAGCAAUGUACCAUAAAUGUCACGGGAGCAGGAUGGAUUACUGCACAAAGUCGACCAUCAACCGAUGAUACUACUGGUUAUGUAUUUAGAAACUGUGAUGUUUCGGGAACAGGACAUGCAGACUUAGGACGAGCAUAUAAUGCUUCUGCAAGGGUUAUUUUCAUUGACUCAAAAUUCAGUGAAGUUGUUAAUCCCAAAGGAUGGGAUAUUUGGAACCAAAGUGGGCACGAAAAUGAUGUGAUCUUUGUUGAAGUUAAUUGUACGGGUCCAGGAGCUGAUAUUGCAAAACGUGUUUCAUGGGAAAAGAAGUUGGAUUAUUCUACAGUUAAGCAAUACGAUACACAAAUUUUUAUCAACCAAGACGGGUGGAUUGCUAAACAACCUUUAUGA